AUAAAAGUUUUACUUAAAUUUUCAAAAAGAAAAAAAUUUAAAAAAAACUAGUACAUUGAAUAUAGAUCAAAUAUGUUCGUGUUAACACUUUGCAUGUUUUUCAUCAAAAUGUUAACUUUACAACCCUUAUUACCUUUUCCAACACCCCUCACUCAGCAAUCAGUGUUAAAUUUAAAUCAGAGUUCUCCAGUCAGUCGGCAAUAUAACACUAAAAAAAAAACCUACUCUCUUUUUAUUUUUAUAAAUAAAAUAAUUGUGUAAUUGAAAAAAAAUGUAUACUGAUUCUCUAUCAACAAUAACAUUUUUUCGAAGUUACGCAGAAACAGUUAAAGAAAAAUCUCAAAGACUUGAAGAACGAAAUGCACUGAUAAAACAGCUUCAAGAAGAAAUUGAAUUGGAAAAAUAUAAAACAGAAAAACAAUGUGAAAUUGAUGAACAACAAUUAACAAUACGACAAUUACAACUUGGAAAAACAAUAAAUAUUAUAAAUGAUAAUGAUAGAAAAUAUAUAAAUUUCCAAAUUGCUAAACAAGAAGAAGAUGAUUGGAAUGAUUUUAUGACUUGUGAUGGUUUACCAAAUCCAAGUUUUCUUCCUGAUUUAAAUUCAUUUAUGUUUAUUUGGGAACAAGAAGAUGAUCAAGCAUCAAUGAUCAAUGUCGCAACAAAAUGUAAAGUUGUUACUUACUUGUUAACAAAACUUGAUGAUAUCAUUGAUUUUUCAAUAAAAAAUCAUCAAAAUUAUACAAAUGAAUGCAAAGAAAUACGUUUAUUGUAUCGUAAAAAAAUUCAAUAUUGGAUUGAUCUUGCAUGUUAUCGUCUUUUAUUAAAAAUUCAAGAUGAAAUGAUACGUGAAGAUUUAAAAAAUGCAAAAUUUAUAAAACAAUCGAAUGAAAUCAUUUGCUGUAUUUGGGCUUUUAUAAAAUUACCAGUCAGUUUAAAACAGGCCACCGAACGGGACAAAAAACCAAUCGAAGUUAUUUUUAAUGAAAUAAAUUUAUCAUUAAAAUUACCAGUUGAUUUGGAUUGUUAUGCAACAGCAAUACGUGGUCUUUGGAGUGAAUACGAUCAUUAUUCUGAUGAAUGUUUAUCAUAUUUAAUUCCACAAUUAUCAAAUAAUUAUUAUAUGAUUGAUAAUUUACUUGAUUUUUGUAAUAAUGAAUAUGAAAUUAAAAAAAAUAUCCAAAAUCAACAAAUUGAAGGUAGAAAAUUACGUAUUGAAGAAAAAAAAAUAAUGGUUGAUAAUUUAAUAAAUCCUGUACAAAUAAUAACAACUAAAAUUGAUAAAAAAAAUAAAAAUAAAAAAUUAAAUACAAAUAUUGGAAAAAUUAAAAAAAUUGAAGAUAAUAAAAUUGAACCUUUGCCAUAUUUACCAACACCUGAUGAAAUUAUUCUACAAAAAGAAGAUGAAAAUAGAAAAGAAAUAAGAAGAUUGUUAUUUACAAGAUGUGAAAAAAAUGAAAUUAAUUUACGUAAAUAUAGAAUUCUUGGUGGUGUUUAUCAUAUUAAUUUAAUUUAUCAACCACCACAGCCAAAAGUUAUGAUAAAUGGUGUUUCAAUAACAACAUUGGAAUUACCAAAGGAAUUAAAAUUUGUGCCAUUUUCAAGACCUUACAAGGCACCACCACCAGCUCCAGACAACGAAAGAACACCAGAAAUAAUUGAAGCUGAAAUAAAAGCACUUGAAGCUGCAAUGGAAGCACUAAUUCUCGUAACUCUUGAACUUCCAAAAUCGGUUUUAUGGUUUGAACCACCUCUUGUUGCUCAUUGGAUAUCAGAAAAAAAUGUAUGGUCAACUAAAAAUAUUCAUGAUAUUAAAUAUAAUGAAGAAAAACAAAUAAUAACAUUUAGAACUGGUAAACUUGGUAUUCAUGGUCUUGCUGGAUUUAAAUUUGUUAAUUUACCAUUUCAAAGUUGGGAAAUUAAGCCAAAUAAUGGUAAAUUUGAAGGUGUUAUUUUAAAUAUAACUGCAGCAAUUGUACAAGUUGAUUUUAUCAUAAAAGAAGAUCUUGUUUGUUUGCAUUCAUUAAUUGGUGGUGGUACAUCAGCAUUGCAAGAUAUAAUUGGAAAAUACAUGAAGCUAAACGUACUAAUAAAAAAAAUGCGAGCUGGUGGAUGUGAUUUAUUUCCUGAAAAAGAUGCAUUUAGUUAUGUCAAAGGUUUACCAAUAAAACAUCAAGUUACUGAACAACAUUUGCAAUAUUGUAUGGGUUUAUUAUCAACAGCAUAUUGUUUUUCAUGGUCCAGAUGGAAUAUAACUGGUACAGCUAGACAAAUUAUUAUGCAAAUUAAAGAACUUCAUGGUUGUAUUGCCAAGGAACGUAGUACUAUGAUGCUACUUGUAACACCUCUUCAAACGUCUCUCAUACAAACCACUGAAGUUGGAUCUGAAUUUUCAGACAAACCGCUGGAUGGUGAAAAAAACAAGUUUUUUGCUGAUGUUUAUAAUUUAGCAUUACACAAUGCUGGCAUCAAAAGUCGCCUGUUAAUGAAACAAGUAUCAUUCAAACUUGCAACGACUGUUACGAAAUUACUUCAAGCAACAAAUGUCAUUAGUAUGUCAUCGUAAAUUGAAUAAUUAAUU